GGUGGACUUCUGUGCACGCUGACCUUAGGGGUACCAAAACUAUAUAUUGGUAGCUAACUGGGAUAAUGGCGUACAUCUUUAUUUUGGUGUUAAUCUUUAUAACGAACUUAUCAAAUCUAAAGGUCCAAUGUAACGAAAACCAUCUCGACUCCAGCCUUACGUCAUUAUUCCUGAAUAGCUAUGGGAGUUACGAAGCUUUUGAUUUGUCGUCUUUACAAGAAGUUCAGAGUGAAAAGGUCAAAAGCUUCAAACAUCGGAACAGUCGAAGUUCGUCGCCAUCUAAAUUAAGACUCUCAGCUUUUGGUGAGGAAUAUCAGAUGAAAGUAUUCAAAGCGGAGCCCAUUUUGCACCCAGAAGCCAAAAUUAUAACAAGUAACGGAGGGAGGGACGAGGAAUGGCGAGGGGCGCUUCCAGACUGCUUCUUGGUCGGGGAACUGACCUCACACGAGGGAACGGUUUCACUUUCGCAUUGUGAUGGUUUGGAGGGAAGAUUAUCUACAAAGACAGGAGAUUUUCACGUUAAAGAGCUCCCACAAGUCUACAACAAACAAUACAACUUCUCAGACAGUGAAACUGUUCUUGUUAUUGCUAAACAGAAAGCACAGGAAAACUUGGAGAAAAUGGAAGGCGACCACAGCUCCCUUCUGAAUGCCCACAUAAGGAAACUGACAAAAGAUAAGAAACGCUCAGCUCCCUCAAGACACGUUGUGGUAGAACUGGCUGUAUACACUGACAGCGAAUACACCAAAAAGUUCCCCUCCAAGGACACCGCCAAAAGAAUCGAACUGAUGAUCUUGAAGUAUAAUGGGGUACAAAUGGAAUGGUCCCGCUACAGUGAACUCCAUUAUGACGUCAGAAUUCAAAUUAAAUAUAUUGGAUUUUUGGAGACGAACCCGUCGUUUUACAAAAUGUCAUCCAUAAUCAGUCAGUCUCUGAGUUCAUUCUGCACUGGAAUGAGAAACAACCCCAUUCCCUAUGAUCUCAUCUUUCUUCACACAGGGAUGAACACUGAUGUAGUGGGCAGAUCGUAUCAGUCCAGUGCUUGUAAUCGUUUAUUCCGCUGUGGUGUUGAGAGUUCUGGUUCAAUAUUUGAGUACAAAUCAACGGCUCAUGAAAUUGGCCACAGUCUUGGAAUGUACCAUGACAACAUUAGAGGAUGCACCGGAAAUGACGUAGGUCUCAUGGGAGGCUAUGGAGCAGGGUGGAGUUCUUGUAGUAUCAAUGAUUUAAAUUCAUUUUUACAAAGUAGCAGCGCUCAGUGUUUGUUUCGUGAAGACGUUGCAGUAAGAGGGAUCAUACAAUACAGCCCUCUUAGGCCUGUUUUAUUAGGCCAAUUGUACAGUAUAGACGAAGUAUGUGAAAAACUGUACGGUCCUAACUUCCAUUUCCGGACAUUUCCUUAUCUCGGGAACUGUGAACAAUACAGCUGUGUAAACUACAAUGAUGGCAGCCAUUUUGGAGAGAUGUUUACCCAAUGGAAAGACAUCCCUGGUUCAUACUGCGGUGAGGGAAAGAUGUGUUUCAAUCAGAGGUGCGUUACCUUUUCUGAGGCUAGACAGCCGCCGGGCGUGGUCAGGCACGGGGGGUGGGGACCGUGGACACGCUGGUACCCCUGCUCACGGUCAUGUGGGGCGGGGCUCACAGUCAGGAGGCGGCUAUGUAACAAUCCAAGUCCACUAAACUACCCUGGCUGUGACGGUGGUGAUGCGGAGGGGUACGAAGCUAGGAUAUGCAAUCCUCAGCCUUGUCCUGGUGACAGUUCAAACACAGACACUCUCAUAAAGCAGAGGGCUUCUGAGACCUGCUCCAGAAUGCUGCAAAACAACGUUAUUAAUUCCACCCUGUAUACUGCAACGGGGAGUCUCUAUAAUUCACACGCUCAUGGGGUGUGUGAGGUUUCCUGUGCCCCUGUGUCGGGGUACAAGACUCCGACGUUCACCAGGUUCGGUUUGAUGCCCCAAGGAACACCCUGCCCAGGGAUUCUGAACAAGAUGGAUAGAGAUGGCUGGCCUCGAAGGCAAGGUUACAGUGCAAGGUGUUUAGAUGGAUACUGUCAGAUGUUUGGUUGUGAUGGGGUAUUUAACGGAGGUACGUUUGACGGGUGUGGUGUUUGUAAUGGCGACGAGACGACAUGUGACGUCGUGGAAGGGACGUUUACUGAGCUGUCUACUAGAGGUUCCCGGAAAGUAAUUGCCGAGAUUCCUGCUGGGGCCUAUAACAUACAGUUCUGGUUCGACUACAUGUCGAUGAAACAAAACUAUUUAGAAAUCUACACCAAGGAUGGGGCGGUGGUCCUGGCGAGUAUGAUAGGAAGUAGCUGGAUCUUUCAGACAGGAGACAACCCUAUCACAUUUGCUGGCACCCACUGGCACUACUUCUUCCAUGAUCAGUAUCUAUACACGAAAGGACCAAUAACUGAACCAGCAAUUAUCAAGAUUUUCCAAAAUAAGGAUUUCAACAAUACAGGCAUUAACUUUGCCUAUUCUCUCCCAAAAUCUGUUAAAACGUGUCAAGGUCGGUGUGCUAAUGGUGGAACAUAUAACACAAAUAUCUGCUCAUGCAACUGUCCAAGUGGAUUUUACGGAACUGAUUGUACCAGUCACUGUAACACCUUCUGCUACAAUGGAGCAACAGUUGACCAGUCUAACUGCACAUGUCAGUGUAAGGCCCAUCAGACCGGAAGUAGCUGUAAAUGUGAAUCUGGUUAUACUGGAAUAAACUGCACAAAGCAUGCGUAACAAAAGUGUUGCCUUAUUUUGUUUUUAAAGACCAUUCUAGUAUUUUUG